AGAGAGGGAACACCCACUUGGAGGUAAGAAAAGUAAAGUCAGGUCAGAACAAUCAGCAAGAAAGAAAUCAUACAAGACACACACAGCAGGAUUCUCUCGGCUUUUCAACAUGAAUAGGGUAAACCAUCACGGAUCUCGGAAGCAGAAGACAAAUGAUGAACUCCGAAUCAUUUUGGUGGGGAAGACGGGAGCUGGAAAAAGUGCAGCAGGAAACACUAUCUUAGGAAGAGAAGCAUUUCAAUCUGAACUGUCUGCUUCUUCUUGGACAUUUCAAUGCAAGAGAGAUGAGGGGAAGAUCGGAGGUCAAAAGGUUGUGGUCAUCGACACUCCGGGGCUGUUUGACACUAAUUUCACACAAGAAGAAGUGUUGAAGAAGAUUAAGACAUGUAUGUCUCUGUCUGCUCCUGGUCCUCAUGCCUUCCUGGUGGUUCUUCAGUUGGGCAGGUUCACCCAGGAGGAGAAGGAAACUGUCAAGAUGAUUCAGAGUAUUUUUGGUGAGGAGGCAGUUAAAUACACACUAGUACUAUUCACACAUGGAGACAAACUGAAGAAACAAACUAUUGAAAGCUUUGUUUCAAAAAGUGAAGAUCUCAAAGAGCUCAUUGAGGUUUGCUAUGGGCGAUAUCAUGUCUUCAACAAUCAAGUGAAAGACCAGGAACAGACUGAUCAGCUCCUGGAGAAAAUUAACAGAAUGAUUCUUGAGAAUGAUGGCAGGCAUUACACCAAAAUGAUGUUCAGAAAAGCACAGAGGGCCACAAAGAGAGAGAAACAAAGACUUUCAAAGGAACUGAAGGCAGAAGAACAGCAGAGAAAGAACGACCUGAAAGCUGAAGUUGAGAGAGAAAUGAAUUUAACAGGACAGCCAAUGAAACACAGUAGAUGUCUUCUGCAGUAGGAGAUGGCAGCAUUCUGACUAUUCAGAGGCAGAACUCAACCAGGGAUGUUUUCUAUGGUCUCUUGUUAGUGGAACUGUACGAUCAUUUAUCAGACAGGGCAGAAAUGAGCACAGAUGCUUGAAUGCUACAUAUAGAGCUUAUGGUUUAUUAUGAUAAAUGGACUGCAUUUAUUUCUGAUAUUAACGACCAUACCUCAACAUGUGUGCAGACUGGAGGAGGAUCACCUACUCUAUCUCCCAAGAAAUACCAGCCGCCACACUCACACUAUGUUAACUUGGAUAUUGGGAUUGGUUCUUAAGCUCCUCCCACAUAUUCUAGCAAUCUUGCUGACUAGGAAUUCCAUGCAUUAUUUAUAUGAAAUAUGUGUUUGUGUGUUAGCUGAUGUGGAUAGAGAUGCUGUUACACUUUGUAAAUUAAUUACUUGUAUUUUUAUGUGCUGGACAAUUUGUUCUUAUGAACUGGUGCAGUAUGUGUAUAUUGUUACAUUGAGAGGUUCAAGGUGCAAUAAAAAAAAGACAUAAAUAACAUAAUAAAUGUGUGUUUGCUUAUGGUCUAAGGAAUAAACAACAAAUGUUAAAAGUAUAAAUAUUUCACUCAUACUUAUACUCAUACUAAGAUAUUUCUUAAGCAGCCAGCAGCAUUGAUCAGAUUGUCCUGUGUUUCACAUAUUUUUUUAUGUUAUAUUUUUAAAUGUGUGUUAUUUGUUAAGGUGCUGAAAUUAAGUGAAGGUGUGUAUUGCUUAUUUGAUCCAAAAAAAAAAAAAAAAAAAAAAAAUUAGCCAGUCAUCUGAAACAUAAUGGUUACAGACACAAGUCAGUUCAUGGCCGCGACAGAGUGACAGAGGGAACAAUGAUAUGUUCCAUCACAAAAUUAACCAGUUCAACUAUAUAUUCAUCUGCUUUUAUUUACUUACAGGCAGUAGGUGAUUUGUUAUUUCUUCAACAGCAGGGUGCAGACAUGUGUUUCAGUUUUGUCUGCCUCAGUGAAGAAAGUAAACACAGAGUCAAUCAAUAUUUAUGUAAAUGUUACCAGCCUUCUCUAGAAUACUCUUAGAAUUGAAGUAAAAAUAUAUAGUGGUACCUCAUUGUAAUAUACAUUUUAACAUUUUGCACAAACUGAACUGGAAGAAAGGCAUUUCAGCUUUAGUUGUAGGUUGAUCAGUCUGACACUGGAUGGAUGGAAUUGAAGUUAAAGUUAAGUUUAAUUUGACUCAUUAAACUAACUAACCGGCAUCUUGAUGGACAGUAGCUGUUUAACGUAGCACAACCACACAGCAGCUGUUGGUAAGAUGAUGUCUGUGGAUGAAUGACUCUGAAUUACAAACAGUCUGCUGGUAAAGUUCUCUAGUUACCUGUAUCAGGUCUCAGCUUCCUGUCAGACAUAAUCGAUGAACCACAUGGAUGUAUUAUAAGAUCAAUAUAUGUAUGAUGAACCACUGCACUGUGUGCCUGCAGUAGGUGGAACCAAACAUUGUUUAGGUGGACAGGAUUGACAUCUGGUGGCUGUGCCCUUUAUUACACCUCACACAACCAAUCGAAAGUCUGGUAAACUGGUGUAUCUUGAAAAUUCUUUACAGCAGAUGUUGUAGCUGUAGAUGUUAUUUCUGGCAUUGUGUUAAUCACUUUAUGUCUUUUUAAUUUAAACAUGUAUCAGACAGAAACUGUUGUAUUUUGUAGUACACUAAAGGCAAGC